CACUCUCCUCCCUAAAACUCUCGAGAUCCAACUCCUGCAGAAACUUCACUGACUUCACUUCAGAGUCGUCUCGUGUUUGUGGAGUCACGCCGGAUUGCGCGAUACUUCGGACUACACAUGGAGAGUGAACCGAGUACCUGACGGGUCUGUCACUGUGGUUUUUGUCCAAAGAUGGCCAGGUAUAACGUAUGCUACCAUGAAAAGCCCAUGGGCUUUUUCUACAACAACAGCAACAUAACCUCAAAUGAAUGGGACCAAACACAGCUCAUCCUGGUUCAGUGCGCUGGAUCCAUCUGCUGUUGUUUCAUCCUAGUGGCCAACGCCAUGAUUAUCGCGGCAGUGGUGACAAACAGGAGGUUUCACUUCCCCUUCUACUAUCUCCUCGCCAACCUUGCCGCCUCAGACUUUCUCGCCGGGAUCGCUUACGUGUAUCUCAUGUUCAAUACAGGGGAAAUAUCUCGCGAGCUCACCGUUCACGGCUACUUCUUUCGGCAGGGCUUGCUGGACACUAGUCUCUCCGCGUCUCUGACCAACCUCCUGGUGAUCGCCCUCGAGCGCUACAUCUCCAUCAUGAACUGGAAGGUUCACAGUAACCUCACCAAACGGCGCGUGACCCUGUUGAUUGCCCUUGUGUGGGGUAUAUCUCUAUUUAUGGGGGCCGUUCCUAGUUUGGGCUGGAACUGUAUCUGCAGUCUGGACCAGUGCUCCACAUUGGCACCCAUCUUUAGCCGGAGCUACCUGAUCUUCUGGUCUAUGUCCAACCUGGUUCUCUUCCUCAUAAUGGUGUGCAUAUACUUGAGGAUAUACAUCUAUGUGACGAGAAAGACUGUUGUCCUGAAGGCACACACUUCUGGAUCUAUUCAUCGGAAGAGGACGCCAGUCAAGCUCAUCAAAACUGUGAUGACCGUACUUGGAGCAUUUGUGAUCUGCUGGACCCCUGGACUUGUGGUUCUGCUCAUGGAUGGACUCAAUUGCGAGGAAUGCAAAGUACUGAAAUUCAAACGCUGGCUGCUGCUCCUCGCCGUCCUCAACUCCGUCAUGAACCCGAUCAUCUACUCCUACAGAGAUGAGGAAAUGUGGACCACUAUCAAGAACCUGAUGCGCUGCAUUUACAGCGGGACGAGGCGACAGAGGUCAUCCAGGGCCAACAUUCAGCGCAACUCUGGUCGGGAGACUAACAGUAGCCUGAAAGAGAACAACGCAGAGGACAGCAAGGUCUCCACAACGGAGAUACUGACGUCUUGAAGGUGGGCCGGGUUCUUUUUGGACUCUGUGAGAGCCAUUUUUAUCAUCCUGAUGUGCUAUUGCUCCUGAAUUCUCCAGCAGUCUGCCCUCAGAGAUGAAAAGUCAGAGCAGAACUCAAAGGGAAUUUAAUGACAGUGCAAAGCAAUGCAUUAUUUCUACCAUU